UUGUCAUCAUUUUCCUCCAUAAUACCAACAUCAUCAUCAUCAUCAUCAUCAUCAUCAUUAAAAAUACUUAAACCACCACAUAUCACAUAUGACAUACCACCCAAGAAAACACAUUACAUUACAUUACAUUCAGCUUCAUACAUUCCUCCAUAACAGCUAGCAUAAUAAGGAAGAUGACUACUGGUGGAAGUGGUGCGUCGACAUCGACUAGAACACCGUCGUGGAAGGAGAGGGAAAACAACAAGAAAAGAGAGAGAAAACGCAGAGCCAUUUCUGCUAAAAUCUUCUCUGGCCUACGGACGUACGGAAACUACAAGCUACCAAAACAUUGUGACAAUAAUCAGGUUCUGAAAGCUCUAUGUAAUGAAGCCGGUUGGACCGUUGAACCCGAUGGCACUACUUAUCGCAAGGGGUGCAAGCCCAUCAAACCCCUAGACAUCAUACACACCUCUAUAUCAACGAGUCCAAACUCAUCGUACCAACCAAGUCGGAGUGCUUCUUUCCACGCAAGCCCUGCAUCGUCCUCUUUGGCAAGCCCCGCUUCAUCUUCUUACACUGCCAACACCAUUUUUCUCCAAGGGACUUCUCUGAUCCCAUGGCUCAAAAAUAUUUCAUCACCAGCCUCAUCUUCUAAGCUUCCUCAUCUCUGCAUCCAUAAAAACUCCAUCAGUGCCCCUGUAACCCCUGCUUUAAGCUCCUCACCCACCUCCCCAACAUUUAGCCUCGUGUCUCCUCAUCAUCCAUUUGGCGGUUUCUUUACAGAAAAUGCAACAGCAAGGGGUGGUGGUGAUGGUUUUUCUCGGAUGUUGUCACCUCUCCAAAGUGGAACUUGUUCUCCUGCUAUACCUGCAGGUUCUGAUCACACUGCUAAUAUUCCAAUGUUUGGAGUAAUUUGCGAUGAGUUUGCUUUCGGAAGCAGUGCCAACGGGCUUGUUAAGGCUUGGGAAGGAGAGAGAAUUCAUGAAGAGUAUGGAUCUGAUGAUCUCGAUCUCACACUCGGAUCCUCUAUGACAAGGUCAAAGACUGCACACUGAGUGAUGCAGCAAGGUUUGAAUCAACAAAACCAUGAUGACUUACAAUGGAAGAUUCUAAUUUAGAAAUAUCAAUGUCAAGUAAGCUAUGUAGUAUGUAGUAACUUAUUAUGAUUAAUGUGUAGAUCCUAGAUGACAAGUACCACAUUGCUGAUGGCUGUUAUUCUGAAGCUGUAUUCUGAAAUAGAUAUGAUGUCUUUAUUCUGAA